AUGCCGCACCACAAGGACCUGUGGGAAUCCAUCGUCAAGAAGCACAACCUCAACGACAUCCCCUUCGACAAGCUGGUUCAGUGGGAGUUCGCCGACAACACGCUGAGCACUCCAGGAGACCAGUACAGCGACACCACCAAGCUGCGCAAGGACGGCUUCGAGGGCCAGAAGAUGUACACGGAGGAGGUGUUCCACCGCUGGUUCAAGGAGCUGGCAGACAUGCACGUCAUUCCCAACUACCCCGCCAUGCAGAAAUCCGCCUGA